AUGAUGAAUAUUGAAACUUUGCUACAAGCAGCACAAAUAUUAGAAAGUCAACAAUCAAUUCCACCUAAAAAACGAUUAGCUAGAGGCGAUCGUCAAACUCCUAAUAAUCAUGUACCUACAAGUGUUCUAUCUCCAACAACAAUCAAUACAAAUCCGACAACCAUAACAACAACAGCAACAGUUCCAACAGCAACAACAGUAGUAACAUCAACAUCAUCAUUAUUAAAAAAUGAACAUAUUGAUGAAUAUCCUCAAGUUGAUCUUAAUCUAAAUUUUCAUCAUCAUAAUCAUCUUAUUCAACAACGUUUAUCAUUAGAUCAAAAUGAUGAUGAUGAUGAUGGUGAUGACGAUGAUGAUGAUACAAAUAAUCAAAAUGUUAAUAGAAACAGUGAAAUAUCAAAUCGUGUUCAAACAACAUGUUUUCGUGAUCGUGAAAUUCAUAAUCGAUUAGAAAAACAUCGACGAGCUCAUUUAAAAGAUUGCUUUGAUAGUCUCAAAGCAGAAGUUCCAUGUCAACGUGAUCGAAAAAUUACAAAUCUUCAAGUACUUAAUUUAGCUAUUAAAUAUAUUCAGACUUUAACACGAAAAGAUCGUGAAUAUGAACAAGAAAUAGCUUCAUUAACAUCACGUAGUAUUGAAUUACAAAAUCGUCUUAGUUGUCUUAAAACUGAAUUAAAUUCCGAAGGACAUAAUGUUGAUACAUGGCUUAAUACAUGUUCUGAUAUUGAUUAUUCAACAUCAACACGUACAGCUUCUGAAGCUGAAAUGUAUCGAACAAUUGAUGAUGAUGAUAUUGAUGAUGAUGAUCAACUUGAUCAAAAUCCUCAUAUAAAUAAAAAAUCUAUUGAUAUUAUAACAAAUAAUAAUAAUCAUCAUAGUACAAAAACAAAUUCAUAUUUAAUCGAUCCAAAAACACUAUUAAAUAAUCGAAAAUCAACAACAACAACAAUAACAACAACAACAACAACAACAACUCGUCAAAGACCAAGACCAUCAAAACGAAAAUUACAAUCAAUUCCAACAACGAAUUUAUUACAUACAUUAUCAACAUCAAUACCAAUUAAUAAUACAUCUCGUUCAGAAAAUUUACUUGAUUUUAAUGUUGCAAGACAUCUUCAUCUUAAUGAACCAUGUAAUUUAUUAACAAAUAUUAAUUCACGAACAAAAGAUUCAUUAUCAUUAACACCAAUAACGGAUAUUCGAUAUGAUAUUGUUGAUAUGUUUACAAAAGGUACAACUUCACAUUUACAACAACAACAACAGCAACAACAAAUUUCACCAUUACCGUCCAUUGCAAGUCUUAUGAAUAGACAUUCAUCCCAGCCAUCACCAAUUGUUUCACCAACAAAACAAACUAUUGGUAUUAAUACAGAUCCAUUAACAACAUCGACAACUAAUAUUCUUCAUCAAUCUGUUGCGACAUCAUGA